AUGGGUGGUCAGCGGCAGAAUGGGGAGCUUAGCCGCAGUCCCCCUCAGCGGCAGACGUCCCCCGGCCAGGCCCGCCUUACCUCGAAGCGCAGGCCUAGGGCGGCGACGGGACAGGAGGCGCGAGGCCGGGCCAUGGUCCGGGACUGGCCCGGUUGCGGCGACGGCGGCAGCAGCGCUUUGUCUCCCGGGUGGCCAGGCCGGCGCAGCCGCGGGAGAGCGCGGAUCCGACGGAAGGAGGCGGGAGCGACCGGACAGUCCGCGACCCACUGGCGCGCCCCUUUAACCCUUCCCAACCUACCCGCGCCGCCCGUUCGUCUCGCCUCUCGAUUGGCCUGCCCCCACCCGGCACGCCCCUGGAUUUGCCACGCCCCCGUGAGCCCGCCCUCGAAAUCACUCUUAAAGGGUCCGCGCCUGGCUCGCCAUUCCCCAGUGCUGGAGCCCAGAAGCUCUUUGAGAUUCCAAAGGUCUCACAUCCAGGUCAUACUCCUGCAAGAGAUGGGUUCCCAUGGAAUUGGGCAGCUCCACCCCUGUGGCUUUGCUGGGUACAGCCUCCCUCCUGGCUGCUUUCAUGGACUGGCGGCAAGGACUUGCGGCAAUUUUAGCUUCUAAGGCACUGGGAGGACAGAAAAUGGAACCGAAGCCAAUGGAAGGAAGCGGAGGGAGAGAUGGCAUCAGGCACCGGAGCUCCGCAGAUCAGACCCUGAGCCCAGGAAUCUGCCGUGGGAAUUUGGCCCGCCCAGGCGAGAAAAGGAAGGACUCGGUAACAUAAUUCUCUUCUGGCCUGGGGCAGAGGUGCGUUGACCAAGGGGGACCAUUUCCUGAGCCCUCUUGGUCUCCGUUUGACCCUAAUGGUGGGAAAAGAGUUAGUUGGACCCCUGCGCCCAGGCUUCUGGAGUUCUGUGUUAAUUACUGCUUGCUGGGUAACAAGUUAUUCCCAUGUUUACUGGCUUAAAACAACAAACCUGGGUUGUGGGCCGUUGGGUCCUUGUGCGGUCGCGGCUCGGGAGAAGGAGACGCAGCUGGAAAAGCUCCGUCGCGUGAAGGAGGGGAGGCCUCAGCAGCGCGAGCUUCAGUGCAGCCGAGCCCGCGGCGCCUUCCCCGGCGGGUGGGGACGAGCCGGCCCCGCGGCGUCAUCGCCGCCGCGCUUCAGCCUAGGAUGUCGUAAGCGGGCGAGGAGCAGCCCAUGGAGACGACGGGCGCCACCGAGAACGGACACGAGGCCGCCCCCGAAGGCGAGUCGCCGGCCGGGGCUGGCGCGGGCGCCUCGGCAUGGGCCGGAGGCGCGACCGUGGCGCCCCCGAGCGGGAAUCAGAACGGUGCCGAGGGCGACCAGAUCAACGCCAGCAAGAACGAGGAAGAUGCGGGAAAAAUGUUCGUUGGUGGCCUAAGCUGGGAUACCAGCAAAAAGAUUUAAAAGACUAUUUUACUAAAUGUGGAGAGGUGGUUGACUGUACAAUAAAAAUGGAUCCCAACACUGGACGGUCAAGAGGGUUUGGGUUUAUCUUGUUCAAAGAUGCGGCCAGUGUGGAGAAGGUUCUAGACCAGAAGGAGCACAGGUUGGAUGGCCAUGUCAUUGACCCUAAAAAGGCCAUGGCUAUGAAGAAGGACCCGGUGAAGAAAAUCUUUGUCAGGGGUCUGAAUCCUGAAGCCACUGAGGAAAAGAUCAGGGAGUACUUCGGCGAUUUUGGGGAGAUUGAGGCCAUUGAACUUCCAAUGGAUCCUAAGUUGAACAAAAGACGAGGUUUUGUGUUUAUCACCUUUAAAGAAGAAGAACCUGUAAAGAAGGUUCUGGAGAAAAAGUUUCAUACUAUCAGUGGAAGCAAGUGUGAGAUCAAGGUGACCCAGCCUAAAGAAGUUUAUCAGCAGCAGCAGUAUGGCUCUAGGGGCCGUGGAAACCGCAACCGAGGGAACUGAGGCAGCGGAGGCGGUGGUGGAGAUGGAGGUCAGAGUCAGAGUUGGAAUCUGGGCUGCGGCUACCAGCAGGGCUACGGGCCUGGCUAUGGCGGCUGCGGCUACUCGCCCUAUGGCUAUUACGGCUACGCCCCGGCUACAGUCAGGGUAGUACAAACUACAGCAAGAGCCAGCGACGUGGUGGCCAUCAGAAUAACUACAAGCCAUACUGAGGCGACAGCAGGAGCGACCAACUGACUGCACACAUGCUUUGUUUGAAUAUGGAGUGAACACAAUUAUGUACCAAAUUUAACUUGACAAACUUUCUGUGGCCUGUCCCAUGUGCAUCUUAUUUAAAAUUUCCCCCAGGGAAAUCACUCUCCUGUUUACUAUUUCCAGAGCGCUAGCUGUUUAGGCAGGGUGUGGUGUCUGAGAGGCCACAGUGGCAUUAUGGGCUGAUUUCUAUUACCAGGUCCCCCAGAACCAGAUGGGAGGCUCUGCUUCCUGCUGCUGCUCUGCAGCCUGGACCUGUGGACCCUGGUUGUAAAGAGCAAAUUGUAUCUUAGGAAACCAGUGUCACCUUUUUUUCACCUUUUAAUUUUAUAUUAUUUGUGUCAUACAUUUCCUGUAAUGGAAGUGUUAAUUUUACUGUACUUUUUGGUACCUUUUGGGAAUCUAAUGUAUUGUAAGGUAUUUUACACGUGUCCUGAUUUUGCCACAACCUGGAUAUUAAAGCUAUCCAAGCUUUUGAAAUAAAAAUUUAAACCUCCC